UAUUGGCCCAUCAUCACAUUGGUUUUCACUAAUUCCAUCGCCGAUGAAGUUGUGAUCUUUCCCGAUCACCGGAUAUCUGUAAAAGUUGCUGAGGUAAAAGGAAAGUUUUUUUGAAGGUCGCAUAGUAUCCAUUUAGAGGAUCGGCGAUAGUAAAAGACAGUAACCAAAACCCUUAAUAUCUAUUACAUCGAUUCGCGUUGAAAAGCAAUGACGAAGCUAUCUGAUCUUCCCGGAGAUUUGCUGGAGGAGAUUCUUUCUAGGGUUCCGGUGACAUCAUCGAGAGCAUUGCGAUCUACUUGCAGAAAGUGGAACACUUUAUCUAAAAAUGAGAGCUUUACUAAGAAUCGCAUUACUCAAGUAUAUUCAUCAGCAGUUAGAAGAGAAGGGUGAUCUUCAGGCGAUUGUCUUGUUAAAGUAUAGUCUUUAUUCGAUGAGCGUCAAUAUCCAUGGACUUCAUAACGACUUUGCUCCAUCUAUAACGUCUAGAGGUAAUCGAUUUUACGGCAGAGAGAAUUGGACCGCGUCUGCCUCUGCCUUUUGAGUCUUAAUUGUGAAGAUACUGUGACUCUAUCUAGUGUUAGAGAAGAGCAGCUUGAGGUGUUGUUUCAGAACUGUCAUACUCUUGAGAUGGAGAUUUGGGUUACGACCAACAUUGAGCCCAAUGCAAUGUCCUGGAGCAAGUUCUUAUAGUUGUUUUUGAUGAAGACAAAAAUGUAUCAAAAACCAAUCGCAACACAGCUUACUUCAUUGGUGUGAAUGGUAACUUCAGAGAAGUGGAUCUCGGAGAAAUUACAACAGUCAGAGUGAUUUUUCCGCAUGCCUUCUGUUAUGUUCCAAGUUCUAUGCUUACUUGUUUUCCUAAUCGGUUCCAGGACUCAUCUCCUUUGGCACCAGCUAUGCUUGAAGAGUUUCCGUGUUUUCCUAUUCGAUCAAUACAAGAGCGUUUGGAUUAUUGGUUUGGCUUUUAU